UCAGAAAGGAAAACAGUCUUCUAAAGACAGACAGCGGCUGACAGUGACCAGGACACCUUCGGGCCCCACCGAGCUCACCGUGUAACCACACCUGUGUACCGGAGCCGACGGAGCAGACAGCCCGGUGUUGUUGACGUCGCCAGGUCUCUGUAGGUUAUAAAAAAAAAAAAAAAAGACAGGGGAGGGGGACGCUGCUGCCUGCCGCUGGAUCUACACUGCAACGUAUCUGCGCAGCACACAGCAACGAAGAGGCUGAAAAAACACAUCGCGUCAGUGUUUAACAAAAUGCCGUUUUCCGUUAACGGCAUCCUUUGCACGCUCGCGCUGCUGCUCCUGUGGAGGGCGGAGGAGCUCGCGGAGGCGUGCAGCUGCGCUCCGGUACAUCCGCAACAGGCGUUCUGCAACGCCGAUGUAGUGAUUCGAGCAAAAGUGGUGGGAGAGAGAGAGGUGGUUUCAGGGAAUGAUAUCUAUGGAAACCCCAUCAAGAGGAUCCAGUAUGAGGUCAAACAGAUCAAGAUGUUCAAGGGGCCUAACCAGGACAUCGAGGCCGUCUUCACCGCUCCUGUGUCUGCUGUCUGUGGUGCUUCCCUGGAUGCUUCUGGCAAGAAGGAGUACUUGAUCUCAGGCAAGGCCGAGGCCAGCGGGGGCAUGCAUGUGACCCUGUGUGAUUACAUCAUGCCCUGGGACUCCUUGAGCACCACCCAGAAGAAGAGCCUCAGCCAGCGCUACCAGAUGGGCUGUGACUGCAAGAUUGUGCGCUGUCCCUCUCUGCCCUGUGAGAUCUCGGCUCCUGAGGAGUGUCUGUGGACGGACCUGAUGAUCGAGAAGCAGGUGCACGGACGCCAGGCCAACCACUACGCCUGCGUAAAGAGGGCGGACGGCUCCUGUUCCUGGUACCGCGGUGUCGCGCCGCCCAAGAAGGAGUUCCUGGACGCCGAGGACCCUUAGUCAUGUGGCACGCCUGUCUGCCCGCUGCACAGCCUGAUGAAAAUAAAUGAAAACCAUUCAAUUGAAAUGAAAUAGAUCAACAUCAGGCAAAGUGAGUUUUUGAUUUAAAAAAAAAAAAAAAAGCAACGCUAAUGUGACUGAAAUUACCUGCUGGUCUGAAAACAAUCUUUAGCCUCUCUGUAUUUGUUGUCUGUAAGCAUUUCAGUCAGAGUAAGCAGCUGAAGCCACUUUCAACCUCAACAUUGUUCAACAUCAACGGACCCUGAAGAGGCUCAGAGGUUGUUCUCAGACACAGCGUCUCUUUAAAAACAAAUGAAAUAGCAUCAUGAGACAUAGACUGGUCAAGUGAUGAUGUAACUUCCUCCUGAGGCUGGCGUCAGGAGGAUAUAAAUUCUCGCGGAGAGAGAGCACUUCCUGCCCUGCAAAGCAAUUUAAAAGCUCUGCUCUCCCCAAUCAAUCCCCCGAUCAACAGACGAUCAUUCGUUACCCAUUGUGUUUCUACUUUUAUUACCUCAUUCUCCAUUUUAUUCCAAAGCCAAAUUCCAAGUUGCCUUUUUUUAAAUGAUUGUCUCCCUCUCUCCGAACGCCAUUAGUUACUGCUUCUCUCAUCUUCUCUGCUGGAAACUGUUUGGCCACUGUUUGUGACAUCGGACGCCCACGGCACAUUUUACCAUUUCUUUAAAAAGAACAUGAUUCAUCUUGCAUGGCUGACAUUUUCUGGUUUCAUUAGGGGAAAAUCUUUUCUUGUAGUGAUUUUUAACAGCAGCCUGUGACCGUCGCGGGCCUCACUGGACCAGUCUAUGCUGUGUGAAGACGAGCGCUCUAAAUUUAAACCUGCUUGCAAGGUAAAAACAACACCUCUCCACUGCCCCACAGUCCAAUCAGAAACUUCCCAAAUUUCUCCCUCUCUCUCCCCCUUUCUUCCUCAAAUCUUCACCUCUCUCCCUCGUUAUCCCCACUAUGUAGCUGUACAGUACCUAUGCAUAUACUUUUGUUGUUACUUGAUAAUUAUUAUUUACUGCAUUAGAACUAGAUUUGCACUUUUUGAGGAUGAGUUCCAGUAAAGACAAGAGCCUGAACACUCUGAUGUGACAGUUAUUAUCUCUCGCCCAGACCGACAGAUCCACCUCAGGUGCAGAUUUCACCUUUUUUGUUUUUUGUUUGUUUUGAACUUUUUUUGGAGUGCUUUUGGUGAUCCAUACUCACAAACGCAAGCUUAUUCUUGCUAUCUUUGUCAUAACAGAUAAAAUAGUACUUGCAGUGAAAGGAAAAACAAAAAAGUGGCGUGUGCGAGUUUCGGAUAUAAGGGAUCUUUUUGCAGAUUUUAUGUGUGAAAGGGAAACAAAAAGAGCUUGAGGGAUGUUAUUUCAGUGUCUUUGUGUUAUCUGUUGAUUGUAAAUGCAAACAGCAGUUUCAUGAUUUGCCAGUAUAUCCUCGCAGACAUUUCAUCUCAUGAGUAAUAAGGUCUUUACACGCUUAAUGUUAGCUUCGACUCGUCUUUCCUGCUCCUUCCAGUUAUUAAUGAAAGCUUUAUCGCUGUCCUAGAAAGCAAGUUACUCAAUCGAAGUUUACAGUGCUGUUUUAUACACCUCAAGCUACAUUAACAAAAAAAUAUAUAUAUGAUGGAGUAUUAGAGGCAUAAUUUAAAAGUAAACUCUUUCCAUUUUCCAUUACUUUGUAUUUUUUCAGUGUUAUUAUUAUACCUGUCAUGAUUUUUUGUGUGUUUUCGCUGUCUACGAUGUCUUUAGCUGUAGUGUUGAGUUGAGAAGGUCCUCUUGCGCUGGAGUCACGUGAGAGUGAGAGAGAUUAAUCCUUUUUGGAGAGAAAUGAGAAAUGGGUACCUUGUGUGAAUAGAGGCCUGUGCAUGUGUUUAAUGCUUUGUGUAAGUCCGGGCGAAGGACAAAAAUAUUCAGUAUUAUCAAAUAAAAUCCACACAUUUCAAAGAA